GCCCCCGAAGCUACUGACUGGACUGUUCCGUACACAGAGAAGGCAGCCCGCCGGUACUGUCAGUAGCUAAAUGAACGCUGAGGUUUCGUUUCUUCUUCUUCUUCUUCUUCAAAAGAACACAGCAAAGCUGAAAUUUUGCGUCCUGAUUCUUCAAGAUGAGUACUAUGAAAUUUUGCCGCGAAUGUAACAAUAUUCUCUACCCUAAGGAAGAUAGGGAGCAGAAGAUUCUUCUGUACGCUUGCCGGAACUGCGAUCACCAGGAGGUUGCAGACAACUUCUGUGUGUAUCGAAAUGAAAUACACCACUCAGUGGGGGAGCGGACGCAAGUGCUGCAGGAUGUAGCUGCUGAUCCGACUCUCCCGCGUACGAAAUCAGUCCGUUGUGCCGCGUGCAACCAUGGAGAAGCUGUUUUCUUCCAGGCUACUGCAAGGGGGGAGGAAGGUAUGACUCUGUUCUUCGUCUGCUGUAAUCCGAAUUGUGGUAACCGUUGGAGGGAUUGACAAGUUACAGAUUCUAUUCAGCCAAAAAAGACAAGUUACAGAUUCUAACUCCUGUAUUCAAAAGCUUCUGUUGUGGAUCGGUUCACACUGUCUUGACUCGCUCCUUGACUGCUUCGGUCUGUUUAACAGCAAAAUAUUGAAUUUCAGUAUUUUUGUCUAGUAUCGAAUCUAGUAGUUGCCCUGCAACCCGGGGAAGGGAAGAAUUUA